AUGUAUCAGCUUAGGGCAACGGAUCAGGAUAAGACUCUAUUGAUUGAGAAAUGGUUACCAAUUUAUCGCAAGAUUGGAUUCAAGGAAGAUGGAUCUCAAAUGAUUGUCAGUGGCUUGCCCCCGUAUGAAAGGGUUAUCGAUGGUCAUGUAGAUAAGGAACACGUCUCUCGAAGCUCGCUUCCUCCAGCUCGAACGGCAGGUAUCAAUCCUACUGGGCGACUACGAGCAGCAUAUGCUCAACUUGCAGAACGGCUUCAAAGCGACAAACGAGCCGGUGCUUGCUCAACACCCACAUGGCCUCUUCUUGUGCUGAUCAUGGCUAAGGUCUACGGCCCUGUGUUCGCCAGGCGUGAAGGACGUCGCUGCCUCUUCAACGGGCUAGUCACAGGAAGUUCACCAAGAGGAGACCAUGAGGGAGCUUUGAUGCUCACACUGCCCGACAGCUUGUGGCCUCCCUACCGCUUGAUUUUCAACGGAAGCUAUUGCACGGCAGAGGGUCACUUCUGUCAGUACUCGAUCCACGUCUGCCGGAACGGACAGGUCAGGGCCCUCACAUACGGAAAGAUCAUGUCGAUGAACCUCAACGCCAUCGACUUCUGGAUAGAUUAA